AUGAAGCUCAAGCUAAUCCUCUUUCCUUCUCUACUUCUAAAUAUCCACCGAGCCAACUGCGUACGACUUCGCGAUGAUCCCACGACAAGCGCACCAGCAGCAGUCCUUCAGCAAAAUCCUGGGUGCGCUUUAGUCAGUUCUACACUUUUUGCCUGCGAAUCGAUCAUCCCCGGCUUUACUUCCCUCCUUCCAUCUGCACAGGCAUCAUGUCUGUGUUACUCUUUGUCCACUUGGAUUCCAACAGUCUUCGACAAAGCAGUCCAGACUUGUGCCAAUUUUGCAAGCACCGCUGUACCGGAUGCUUAUCCAGCAUUCGUGAAUUUGGAGGGUUUUUGUGGAAAUAUCGGGAACAUUAAGACAGGCGAAUCUCCCGUUACCUCUCCUAGUACUAUUUCUAAACCUUCUCUUCCAACAAUUCCCAUCAGCGCGGUCCCAGCUUGCUAUACCGCUUUUUCUUUAGUGCAGUUCUGCGUCGCUCUCAUUCCAGGUUUCAUUGCUUUAAAUCCGACGCAACAAGCCUCAUGCCUAUGUUAUACAAGUGUCACGUCCUGGGUUCCAAAAACUUUUGAUAACGCGGUUGCGACUUGUUCGAGAUAUGCGCAAAGUGCCAAUGCUUUUGCGGGAUUGGUAUCGGGGUCUUUCUUCCACGGUCAUAUCGAAUUCGAUAACUUCGCCCGAGGUGAAGACACCACCCUCAACUACAACGAUUCCUCCAUCACCAGCAAAUCCACCCAGUAUUGA